CUUUCUUUCUUUUUUAUAUAUAUACUAGAAUGCGUAUUAUUAUAAACACAAUUUUCUUUCUAUUUCAAUUCUUUCUUAUCUCUACUUUAGCUUUGAAAGAACCACCUACUCAUUUACAAGUUGGCAUUAAAAAACGUAUUCCAGCUGAAGAAUGUACCAUAAAAUCUACUAAUGGUGAUCAAUUAACUAUGCAUUACACCGGUACACUUUUUGAUACAGGAGUCAAGUUUGAUAGUAGUUUGGAUCGUAAUCAACCUUUUGUAUUUAAGCUUGGGCAAGGACAAGUUAUUCAAGGUUGGGAUCAAGGUUUAGUUGGUAUGUGUAUUGGUGAAAAACGUAAACUGGUUAUUCCUCCUCACAUGGGUUAUGGUGAUAGAGGAGCAGGAGGGGUUAUUCCUGGUGGAGCUACUCUUGUCUUUGAAGUUGAAUUAUUAGAUAUUAAGAGAGGAUCUAAUCAUCAUCAGAAAGAUGAAUUUAAACCCAUCUCAUCAGAUAAAGAUCAACUUGUAACAUUUACUUCACCUAGUUUCAUCUUCUCAACUGCUAUUAUUCUUGUUUUAUUCUUUUUUGUCUUUAGAUUAGCACGUAAACAAGAUAUUGCAGAUGCGAAAAAGGAACAAAAAAGUCAACAGUAGUUCGGAAUUAGUCUUUUUGAGUCACUUUAUCUUUCAAAUGUUGGGAUUGAUUUUGAAUAGAUUCAGUAGUUUGUUUUAUUAAAUCAGGAUCACCACCAUCUUCUUUAUUCUGUGAUUUACUAUUUUCAUCAUAAUCACCAAUUUUAAAUAAACCAGUAGACCCAGUGUUUUCCUUUGAUGUUUUACUUGAAAAAGGGUUCUUUAAUUGUCCAAUAUCCAUGUUUUAGAUACAUGUAUUUAUAAAGAAAGGAGAAGAGAAAAAAAAAAG